AUGGAAGAGCAAGAUAUCGUUUUGGCGUGUGGGAGGUGGAGGGUAGACAAAAAGCGAUGGUUGUUUGACGUUGAUACUAGCAAAGGGUGCAGGAUUAUAGUUGCCGAUAAAGAAACAAACUUUGAAGACUUUACUGCUAUGGUGUUCGAUGACUUUGGUUUCUGUGAAGGAACUUCCGCGAUAAAGUUGAGCUAUAUGUUAGAUAGAUAUAAAAAAAGCGGAUGUUAUAUGCCACCGAUGAUUGUUUCGAAUGGUCGGCAGUUUCAAAACUUUCUCAAACAGCGCAGGGGUGAACUCAUCCGGCUAUGCGUUGAGAUUGAAGAUAGAUCUGGUGAAACCUUGUUCGAGGAAGUUAAACUGAAAACCCCAGAACCAACACCCAAGACCCCUGAAGUCGUUGUAGAUGAUUUCGUAGGCGUGGCAGAGGAAAUGGGACAGAAAGAUGAAGAUUACAAGAGUCAGAAGGUAGACGGUGAAGAUAAUGUUGGAAAGGAUGUAGAUGAAGAUGAAGCAGAUGAUGAGGAGAACAGUAGAUUUGAUUACUGUGACGACAGCGAUGGUGCAAAGGAAAAGGUGUGUAACAAAGAAUCAAAUAUCCGUACCCGCAAGACUAACUCUAAAGCUGAUGCAAUUGAGAAGGAGGUUCACAAAAUAGAAAACGGAGGUGGUGAUAUUGCUGUGGGGGAUAAGUUUGAUAGCAAAGAAACGUUGGUGGCAAGGUUGAGGGUGCUGAGUGUAUUAGAUAAAUAUGAUUACAAUGUUCAAUAUUCAACGCCAAGUUUGUUAAUCGUUGAGUGUUGGGUAAAAGGUUGUAAAUGGAGAAUACGGGCUUCAACCAUGGGUGAUUCGCCGGUGUUUCACAUUCGCAAAUAUUGUCGUGAACAUACUUGCUCUAUUACGGAACGAUAUGGCCGUAGCCGUAAUGCUAAACCACCAAUCCUAGCUCAAUUAUACAAGGAUUAUAUUGGUGGUGUGGGAGGUUCUGUUGUACCAAAUCUUGUUGGGGAAGGGCUUAACCUACGAUAUGGUGUACAGGGUGUACACGUAGAAAUAUCUUAUGUUGCUAGGGGGCUUUGUCUUGGCUACUGGAAGGCACAUCGUACACUUAUAAAGGCGCGGGAGUAUGUUAGGGGUACACCUGAAAGUGGAUACGCUGAAUUACCUGCAUAUUUAUACAGGCUGAGGUCCUCUAAUCCGGGAACCCUUACUAGACUGGUCGUUGAUGCAGAAGACAGAUUCAAGUAUGUUUUCAUUGCGAUUGCUGGAUGCAUUAAGGGUUUCAGGUAUAUGCGGAAAGUUGUAGUUGUAGAUGGAACUUUUUUGAAAGGUGAAUUCAAAGGGACUCUUCUGAUAGCGACAACACAAGAUGGGAAUUUUAAUAUUUUUCCUCUAGCGUAUGCGGUUGUUGAUACAGAGAAAGACGUGUCGUAG